AUGGCACCACACAACUUGCUGGAAGCCUUUUCAUCCAAGUUAUCAUCACCGCAUUUUACCGACCCUAUAACGAUGAGAAGAAGGGAUGGAGUAAUUUCUCAAAGAUUUUUCGGAACACUCUUGUUGAUCUCGUGUGUUGUCUUGAUGAUGAUGUCAUUGGUAGCUCAUCAAGUGGAAGCUCUGGGUCCAGCUCCUCCUUUGGAGCAAAAAUUGAUAGAUGUCUUGGGAAAGAAUUGUACGGAAGAAACAUUGGAAAGAGAUUGUGGUGGUUUAAUGAAACUUGUGUGUGCCAUGGGAAAGUGUUCAUUGUGUAAUGAAACAACUCAAUGUAGCGCACAAGUAGAUACUGUUUAUAGCUGUAAAUUUACUGGUUUUUAUAUGAAUCAGACCAAUGGCUCUACGGGUGGUAUCUGUCAACACAAAGAUUUAUUGGAUUACUUUUCAUUGUUUGACCUAUUUUCAGUAUUGUCAAACUUUGUCGGCUCCGUGUUGAGUAGUGCUGGUGGUACAGGUGGAGGAGGAGUUUUCGUUCCAUUACUUCACGUUGUUGGACGUUUCAAUGCACAGCAAGCUGUUCCAUUGUCAAAGGUGAUGAUUUUCGGUGCUGCAAUUACAAAUGUUGCUACAUUGCUAGUGAGAAGACAUCCUUAUGCAAACAAGCCGCUGAUCGAUUUUGAUGUUGCGCUCAUGAUGGAACCUUCUACAUUACUAGGAACAAUUAUUGGAGUGUUUUUGAACAUUACUUGUCCUGAGUGGGUGAUUGUCAUGUCUGUAAUUAUUGUUCUGACCAUUACCACAGUUUUGUCGUUCUACAAGUUUUUCCAAAAAGCCAGAGUUGAUUUUGCAUUUUUGUUCAAACGAAAGAAAAAGGAAGAAUAUCAACCUUUGACUGCAGAGCAACCAACACAAGAUGCAUACGGGUCAGUCAACAAGGACGUCAAUGAGGAAUCAACAAUUGAACCCUCGAGCGUGACAGAUGCUACUCCCUCAAAAGAUUUGACCACACCUAGCUCUGAAACCAACGAUGCUGAAGAAAAGUUAAUUCCAAGUUGGGGUUGGCAAGUGAUCAAGCGAACACCAUUAGUCAAAAUUUUAGUGUUGGUGUUGUGCUGGGUGAUUAUUUUCACACUCAGUUUGUUGAGAGGAGGUGAAGGAGCACCAAGUAUUAUCGGAAUUGAAAUGUGUAGCGUCACCUAUUGGGUGCUUGUAGGAUUGAGCUUUCCAAUUGUCGGAGUUAUCAUGAUAAUCAUUGCAGUUUACUUGCUUAUUGACUACCGAAAAAAGGUCAAAAAUGGAUUCAAGUUUGUACAAGGAGAUGUCAAAUGGAACUGGAUUAACGUUACUCUCUAUCCAGGAGCAUGCUUACUUGCUGGUAUUCUCGCAAGUAGUGACCCAGCUGUUGGAGCUGCCACUGCUGCCUUUAUGAUUUUCUUUACAUCUUCAAUUUCUUCUGCUCAGUUCAUUAUUGUAGGAAGAAUUCCUCUUGAUUACGGUCUUUUGUAUGGCCUUACUGGUUUCCUUUCAGGAUUUGUUGGCUUCUUCUUUGUGACAUUUGUUGUUGAACGAUGGGGAAAGAGAUCAUUGAUUAUUCUGUGUGUUGCAAUUGUGCUACUUUCUGCCACGCUAUUGAUGGGUGGAGUGGGAAUAUAUGAUGUCGUUGUUGACAUGAAAACAGGAGUGUAUAUGGGUUUCCAUAAUUUAUGCGCUUAG